UGCUACGUUUUCCCUGGUUUCAAUACAUGGCGAUUAAAAGAUAAAGGCGGAAACAAUGUUACUCUGCUCACAAUUCCCAUCCGUUCUCCCAUCUUUUCAAUCGUCUUACCUACCCAAUGUCUUCUAUAGACGUCGGCAUCAUCGGAGGGGGCCCCGCGGGUCUUACUGCCGCCGCAACACUGGCACGUCAGCUUCACACAGCCGUUGUGCUUGACAACGGUAACUAUCGAAACGCAAAGAGCCUUCAUAUGCAUACGGUACCGGGCUGGGGGCACACAGAUCCAAAGGAGUAUCGCGAGACGACGAGAAAGCAAAUCCAGGAUCGUUACGAGACCAUUCAGUUCACCAAUGUCGCAGUAUCCUCCGUUGAGAAGAAGAAUGACUCUUGCUUCAACAUUACGGAUGAAGAUGGAAGGACUUGGGAGGCGAAGAAGGUCAUCUUGGCUAUUGGUUCGAGCGACGUGCUCCCGGAAAUCGAGGGAUAUGCGCAGUUGUGGAAGAAGAAGAUUUAUCACUGCCUCUUCUGCCUCGGGUACGAAGACAGAGGCGCCGAGUGCUCUGGCAUCCUAGCUGUCCAAGCCCUGGCCAUGAUGCCGGCCCUAGCCAUCCACAUGGCCGACAAUGCGGCGCAGCUCUCGAAGGAGGUUACUAUCUUUACCAAUGGAUCUGAGGAGGUAGCGCAGCAGGCCAGCACCAUGGGCGCAAAUUCCCCGUUCAAGAUCGAUUCUCGGGCUAUCAGCCGCUUAGUAGAUAGCGAGGGAGGAGUCAAGGUCAAAUUCGCCGAUGGGAGCUCCAAGGAGGUAAAGUUCCUGGCCCACAAUCCGAUGACGGUCCCACAAGGUCCGUUUGCGCAGCAACUCGAGCUGAAGCUGUCGCCAACGGGAGAUAUCCAGGCGGAGGCUCCAGCGUAUCAAACAAGCUGUCGCGGGCUAUUUGCGGCCGGUGAUUGUAUUUCGCCGUUCAAGGUGGUGCCGCAUGCGAUUGCGAGUGGGAACUUUGCGGCUGUUGCCGCGGCCACCCAGCUCCAGGCAGAUAAGUAUAAGCAUUUCUCCAUAGUUUGAAGGAAUUGUAUAGCUUCGGAACGAAAUCUGUCCGGCUGCCGUAAGCGGUCGAGGGUUCCGCGAUGAGUUCUGGUACGGGUAGCGUGGCGGUGAGCGAGCGAUCUCCGAUGCAUCUCGUAAUAUUUCAAACCAAGUCAUCAAUUAUGGUACAAAGGGGCUCCCUUCACCCAGCCUUUUGGU